AUGUAUGGAGAGAAAAUGUCCAAUUUGAAGAUUUAUAAUGAUAUACUUAAAAAGAGGAUAAAAAAAUUAACAGAUGGAGUGAGUAAUUUGUUUAUUGUUUUAAAUAAUGAGGAGAAGGACGCAACAAUGCUAACUGUAGGAGAUGGGAAUACGUCCUCUGGGAUUCUUUUUUACCUCAUCAACGAUUUGGUACAUGGUAAUCGGUCCAACUGUAAGCUCCUUAUCACAUUUAGCCAUUUCGAAAUUGUCAGAAAUAGGGUGAAUGAUAAAUUGAAGAGAUAUGUCCUUCCUCAGAGCAACAUGAUCGACGUUGGCAGUUGUUUAGGAUGUGAGAACGGAGACUACGACUGGGUUAGCAGCACGAGGAAAACUCACAAGGGUGCUAGACCCUCCAGUGAGUACCCCUUAAAAGCUGAAAGGGAUGAAUAUCAACAAAAAAAAGAACGUUCCCAUGGUGGGUACUCAGAAAAAAGGGAGGCAAGGGAUCCCUGUGGGAUGUGCACCGAGUGGGAAGAGAAUCGACUGGCUAACUCGGAUGUCCUCUUUAAUGUUGACAGUUUUGUAAAAGGAAAGAAAAGAGAAAAGUACGGAAGGAGGCACACAAAGCGGAGAAGUACGAGGGAGUGGGACCCCAGUGCUGUGAGAAAGGUAUACCUAAGUGGAGAGAAUAUACGGCAUAUCUUUAAAAUGCUAUGCAGAAGCGGGAGGGGCAAGUCCGUGGGGGGCUUGCGCGAUGAGGUGACCUACGAGGUUGUUGAGUUCGACGUGGAGAUGGCGCAGGGGAGGGGUCUAGACGGGUCUGGUGUGAGAAGCCAGUCUGGUGUGAGAAGUUAUUCUGGCGUGGGGAGCCAUUCUUGUGAGGGGAACGAUUCUGACGCAGGCAACAAAUCGUCCAUUUGUAGCAAGUCGCCCGUUUCCACCUGCUCCGUAACCAUCAUCGUAGUUAACAACCUGAAAGGGGCAGACCCCUCGGAACGAGCAUUCCUCUCCCACUUCUUCGAGCUCUUAAAAAGGAGAGAAGACGUGAAUAGCCGAAGAGACCCAAAUUUAACUUGCGAAAAAAAACACUCAUUAAUAAUUAAGUAUUUGUUCAGUUUGUACAAAUUGCCUUCCUUAAGAGGAAGCGCCACGGGGGUGAUGAAUUCCCUCCCCUUUGAGCUAAACUUUAUAUACAUUUCUAGCAAUUUCAAGAAGUACAGAACAGCUAGCGAAUUUAUUUAUACCUACUUAAAACGUCUGAACAGGUCAGAAUAUUUUGUACAACCAAAUAAAAAAAUGGAGUAUCUAAAAAGUGGAUUUCACAAAGUAGAUGAAAAUAUCUACGUAGUUAAAAGUCUGUUGAAUUAUUACGCAAAGUUGGAGAUACAGAGGGGAGAAAUUAACCGGAGGGUAGCUAACUUGAGGAAUUAUCUUACCAUAUUAGAAUCGUCUGUAAUUCUUGGAGCGAAAAGAAGAGACCACUACGCAUGGACUGAAAACAGAAUCAACAACGUUUUAAACCUUUGCAGGAGCAGCACAUCCGAAUCGGGUGAACGGAACCAAGUAGAAACAAACAAUUCGGGUUGUCCAGAAAAGGAAAAUUUUGUCUUUUUUAACAAUGAAGAGAGGAUAAGACGAAACUACAAGGAGGCUGAAAGAGAAAAACAACAUGAGGGAAAAUACCAAGAUAGGGGAACAUCCCCAAGAAGUACAGAGAUGAAGGAAAGCGUGAAAGGGGAGGUCAACCAUUUAAGGAGUGUAAAAAAUGUAAGGGAGAUAAAAAAAGGAAAGCAUAAUCCGGAUAAGGUCCACUUUAAAUUAAGUUUGUACAGAAGGGAGAGAACAAAUCUGGUUGGAAGUGGGGAUCACUCUAGCAUAGACACUGACUACUCAUGUGGGAAUGUCAAUUUAGAAAAAUGCAACCAAUAUUGUUAUGAACACGUGAGGGAGAAAAAGAACAAUGUGGUAUACAAUUCUUGUAAGAAAAAGGAAGAGACAAUUUUGGUGGACCCUAAUUCGUACAGAAAAUGCAUCCCCGUCAAAUGUGAAUCUAGCGAUACGUACACACACUGCACAAACGAUGAUUCUUUAAAAUGUAAGAAUUUUGUGCCUACAAAUGGAAUGAACCUAAAAAGGAUUCAUUCAUCAUGUAUGGAUCCGUUCAGCAAUACCAUGGAUGUGGAGAACCUAUGCGAUAGGACCAUUGUCAGUCAUAAGGGGAAGGAAAAGAAAUUCCUGUCCUGUGAUAUACUUGGUAUGGCUUACUCGAAUGGGUCAGCUAGCUCGUGUGAGGAAAACGAGAACCAGCUCGAAUCCGUUCUACACAACAUCGAACAGAAUAGAGAUUUCCUGAAAAGCAUUUCCACCUUAAAUUCGGAUAUUAAGAGGGGCAAGAAAAAGAUCGACAGCCGAGCGAAGAGCUUAUUCGAGCAAGUGGACCGGUGCCUCGGGGGGGACACGCACGCCGGCGAGGGCAGAGCAGGGUUGGAGGGAAAGGAAAAGCGGCAUGAGAAGCGGCAGGAGGAGAGGCAGGAGAAGAGGCAGGAAAAGCGGCAUGCGAAGCGGCAUGAUCUGGGACAGUACCGGGAGCUGGAGCGAACGGACCACCCGAACGCAGCAAUCGAAGGGGUGCGGAAAAAUGGAGAACCUCAAACGGGUCAACAAGAUGGGAAACAGAAAAAAACGAAGAAGGACUAUACCUGUGUAGAGAUGGAGGUAAAAAGAGGAGCCAGAAAAUUAGCCUUACAAAAAUGUGCCAAAUUGAAGCUAAGAGGUGGGAAGAAUAAUCUGAGCUGCUCUGGAAAAGGAGACAAAUCUGGAAAGUCUGAGAACAGCAUCGAUGGGCAUAGAAAAAUGGAAAACUCAAAUAACUGUCUAACUUCGUCCAUGUCGGGAGGAAAAGGGAAGAAUAAAUUUGAUGACUCCGAUGAGACCUUCUCAAGAGCUGACCCCAUAAGUGAUCCUCUAGACAUCCUGACACACCAGUCUUCUCUCGAUACAAAAAAAGAUGAUAUUAAAUCCAAGUGUAGAAAGUACCCCGCGGAAGGACUGAGUAGUAAGCAUAUCUUCGACAAGGCAACUAGGGGAACUAAUAAAUUACCUAAUAAAGGAAAAGAAAAACAAAAAAUUGUGUGGAACACUCUGUCCACUUAAAUGACUGUGGCUAGUUCAGGCUCGAAAUCGACAGGAGAACGUAGCCAUGUCAGCGAUUCCUGCGAAGAAGAACUGGACCAGAUCAUUACAAACUAUCAUAAUCAUUUUAAAAAGUUACUAAAAUCGCAUAUGAGUGUUCUACAGAAAAAAUGUGUAGACGAUAAGAACGAUUUGGAGCUUUUAAAAAAGAUAAAAUUUGCAAAAGGAGUUCUGCGAGAGUACAACAAAGUUUUGGGCCGCAGUUGGAAUGGCAAGCAUGAGCAGAGCGUACUUCUGCGCCAAGCUAUUUCGAACGGAUGGGGAGUCGGAGAGACUAUGUUUGAGCAACACCUCGGGAGGAGUCGUUGUGAUAGGUGCUCAGAAUGUGUGCACAUGUGCAAAAAUUGCAAAGAUGGAUUUUUAAGAAAAAAAAAUAAAACAACUGAUAGUGAAAUGGUGCGCAAAGGAGUGCACUCCGGAAGAGAUGCGGGGAGUGCGGGCGGAAGAGAUGCGGGGAGUGCGGACGGAGGAAUCUGCCUGACGGAGGGUCAAAUGGGUCUUACUGCUUUUUGCGGAGAUGUGAGUGAGGAAGCAGGUGAGAAUGGGGUGCAACACACCGAAAGGUGUAGUGUCGAGAGGAGUACUGCUCCUCACGGUACUGCUAAAAGUGUCGAUGUCGAUAAUAAUCCUCCCCUUAGCGGCAAUCCCAAGGAGAGCAGUUAUGGUAAUAUUGACCAUGUUGACAAUUUUGACGAGGCAGAAAUUGAAAACAGUUAUACCCCAGCGGAGGAAUAUAUCCAAUGGGAGGAGCCCCAAUUGGACGUCACUACAAACAUAAAAGAAAACAUAUCGGGUGAAAAUGAUAGAAAUGCUAAUGAGUCUGCACAAUACUAUGAAGAAAAUGCCCCCACGGAUGAUCCUCCUGAGAAAGGAAACGUCAUCACGUGUGAUCCAAGUGACAUUUACCUUGAAUAUGAGGAAGAACCAUGGGGGGAAGAAGAACGAAGCGCCUUACAUGUCGAGCAUUUAGACGAGUUACAAAAUGGAAGACAUACCACCUCACAGGGAAAUUACCCCUCAAAAUCUUGUGGCUGGGAAAACCCUCCUUCCAGCAAUGGGGAUAACGAGGAAAAACGAAGUAGUGGAAGCGGAGAUGCGGACAGAAUUGGACAUGUGGUGGACGAGGAUGUGCACAAAAGUGACAUGGUGGGAAACUUACAUAGAGGAGAACUAUUUGCGCAGAAAAAAUUCAGUUCCAAGUGGGACGAAGUUGAAGAUGUUUUGGAAGGGGACUCCUUCAUGAAGGUCGCAAACAUUUUACCUGACUGUACAGGCGAAAAAACAACUCUACAUAGCCACACAGUUAUCCGCAAAAUGAGGAGAAAAAAAAAAUUGCUGAGAAGGGUCAUACAGGAUGAGGCAAACAAAUUAAGCAAAGUUUCCGCAAAAAAGAAGAAAUUAAUGUCCUUCAUUUUGAGAGCCAUAGAAAGAGGCGAAAAGGAUGAAGAACUCAUCGCGAUUGUAAGAAGUGCAAUUUUUAAGGUGGAAUAUUUUGAGCAAAAAAAAAUAAGCAAACUGAAGAGGAUGGAAAAAGAAUUUGAAAUGUUAACUCAUGUAGAAGAAAAAAUGGUCAAUAAUUUCCUCAUGAGGAAAAGUCAAUUUAGCGCGAAAACAAAAAAAGGGGGGGAACUGCGCAACAGAACUGUAAGGCGCAAAAAUGGACACGAGGGGGAAGGCGACAACAGGGUUUACCAAAAAUGUAGCAGCCAUUUGGACGAAAAGAAAAAUAAAGACUCACACAUCGAUGAAGAAAAACGAAACGGUAAAAAUGUGGAAAACCAUUUUCGGAAUAAAUCGCAAAAGGAUCACCAAACCGUUGGUGUGCAUUCGCUCCGCGGUGGGGAAAAAAAAGAAAAAAAAAACUGUGCACAUGUGGACGCGUUUCAAAAGGGUCGUGUUUGCAACAAUUUUUUCAAUUUAAAUGGCCACAAUAGGGAAAGCAAAAAAUCGAUCGCAUUUUCCGACUUGCGCGUAAAUUUGAAAAAGGAAAAGGAAAAGUGCAGCACUUCACCGGUGGACGGAGAACAGGCGAUGCGAGAUGUUCCCUCCCUUACUGUGGCAAAGUUGGGCCACGAGGCGCUGAUUGAAAAAAGCCCAAGUGAGCGCAUACCGCCAAGCGGUUACUUGCACCCUAAAAACGAAAAGAACACCCCUAGAGAGCACCACAACGGGGGAGGAAGCGGCCCUGGUGGAGGUAAAUGCAGAACAUGCUUCACGCCAGCAGCGGAGGCGAAGAAGUGCGACGCAUUUUUCCGAAAUUGUGGGGAUACCGCCGACAGUUGGCCUAAGCUAAUCGGCAAUCGGUUGGACGGGGGCCAACAGCACAUAGGGCAUUUCCCCCCCUCGAAUGAUAACAGCGCACGGGGGGAAUUCCCUCAAUGGGACAGGGACUCUUCCAAAGAAACAGAUAAAAAUAAAGAUAGAGAUAGAGAUAGAAAUAGAGAUAGAAUCAGAGAUAGAAGUGGAGAUAAAAAUAUAACUGUAGCGUACAGAGAUAGGGGCGAAGUACGGGGGUCCACCCCGCGAAGUAGUCACACCUUUAAGCAAAAGGUAAAGGGAGAAAGAAGGACCAAGUUGGGACUCUCCUAUGACAGAUCGUUGGAGGGGCAAAAUAGAGUCCCCCUAAAAAGUAAUCCCACGAAGGAGUGCACAACUGAAGAAGCAGAAAAUUUAAGAUUGAAUUCCUUUUGCUCCUCCAACAGGGGUAGAAGCAAGAGGGAGGCAAUAUUUCCAUCCACUGAAAGUAGCGACAAAUCGACACGUCACUUCCAAGUCGGGGUGAAAGUCCCACUGACUGGGGGGGGCAUACGAACCGGGGAAAGACACAGAAGAGGGAAAAACAUACCUGAUAAGGUGGGAAAAAAAAAAGGUGAAAAUAUCCAUAGGGAAGAAGAAAAAAAGGAGAAUAGGGGUGUCUCACCAAAUUGGGAUGAAACGAAGAGGACUGUUGGGGGCCCCCUUCCCAGAGGCGAAGCCAAAGCCAAAAGGUGUGAAGAAGAAGAAGAAGAGGAAGAGGAAGAAGAAGAAGAGGAAGAGGAAGAAGAAGAAGAGGAAGAAGAACAAAAACAACUGCUACUACCACAACGGAGCAAACGGGACAGGGACCAACGCAGCUUCAUAUAUGUGAAGCAUAAGACGACGCCCGAAACGAAGGGAGGCAAAAAUGUGGAACAAAUUUCAAUCAAAACGGUUAUUAAUCGCCAGAGAGAAAAAACGAUCCCGUGCAUUAACUACGACACUGAUAAGUAUCGCUUCAAAUUGGGGUGGUGGAAUUGGGGGAAACAGUCGAAGCUACUCGAAAAUAUUGAAAGGUGUAAGGAAAGCAUUAAGGAGAAAUACUAUCAAAAUAGGAGAGAGUGCAAACAUAGAUCCUCUACCAAUUGGACGAGCAAAUAUUUUACAAAAUUCCAACCAAAUGAAUAUUUAUACAUUCCUGUGACGAACAAGAAUUAUUUUCGGAGCAAAAAUUCUCUUAAAAUUAGGAGCAACCCAGUGAGCGAUUUCCAUAAACUCAAUUUGAAACCCAUAACUGGGUUUUUGCAAUCUUAUGAAAAGGAAAAGGAACGACAAAGACAAGUCCCCCAAGCAGUCAUUAGAGUAUCUACCGUUCCUUACGUUGUAGACGAUUAUAAUGUAAAGAGGGAGGUACCCAAAAUGGGGGGGAAAACGGGGGUCAGCUUGGGAGAGGCAAAUAUCCUCCUUUCAGAGGAUGAGGAAUCAAAUUUGAAUGGCACGUCAGGGUUUUUUGCCAAGGUCUCCAAAAAGGGUGCCCCCAGUAGGUACUUUCCCAACGGACGUGGCAGCUACUCCAGUGGUACCAACUCGAAUGAUGAGAAAAACUCCAAGGGAAUUAUAUUCAAGUGCAGGACGAAGCAGGCUCAUAAAAUGGACAUCAGAAACAGCAGAAGUGGAACCGCGCAUGGGAAAAGGAAUUAUAAAGCCAGGUUAUACAACAUUGGGCACGACAUAAAUGGAGGAAGGACACAUGCUUGUAGGCACGGCAAAGCGCAUAGCGGUGGUGAAGGAUCGAAUGAAAGAGACGGGUUGGGCAAAAAGUGGGACCCCAAAAAAAAGACUACCGUGAAGGGAACCCCAAAUGAGGCAUUUCAAAAGGGUGCCAAAAGAGACCCACACAUGUGUACGACCCAGAGAAAAAAAUUGACAAAUUAUGAGGAGAAUGCUGGGGAGAAAAAUUUAUCUAGACGAAGUUACAAACACAUGAACGUAAGUAGCAAAAGGGAGUAUCCCGAAUACACGACUAACAAUGAUACGCAUUUUAACAUGUACAGGGAAGGUUACACAAGUAUGCAAAGUGAAUUAGGAAGAAAUCGUCACAGAAUAGAAUGUGAUGGAAGCGAGAGCAGAGAUUCGUCCGCUGGUUCAAAUGGGAAAGCUUCAGGGGAAGGCCCAUGCAGAAGGCAGUACUGUCCAAAUGAGAUAAACCAAGUGGACUACUUACAGCCGGAUAGCUACCACAGGGAAAAAACAAAAAACAAAAAAAAAGAGAGCUGUAAAAACACCCAUCACAAUUCUUACCCUCCUACGAACGAUGACUACUAUGAAGGGCAGCAUAGAGACAGUGGUGUCGACCCUCAGACACGUGAAAGGAAGGGGCAUGAUGCCGAUUAUUUGGAAAAGCAGUACGAUGAGUAUUUUUAUGAUAAUUAG